GCGCGGCUGACGCCGUGCGGAUUUCGCUGCAGGGACGCGGUGACAGGGAUUUGCGGGUCGCGUUCUCUCCCUCCGAUACAACGUUGCCGCGUUUGUACUCGGUGACGGGCGUGGAGAUUAUUGGUGGGGACGAGACUUUCGGAGCGAAUACCCUACUCCAAAGAGGGAUGAGCACCCUUAGAUGGUUGUAACUGUGGCAAGUGGUCGAAAGUUCUCAUGUGUUCUUCCCCGCAGGCUUUUCCACCAGUUGCCCAUUUCCAUGCCUGGCUUGACUCUGGAUAAAGACAACUUUGGGGGGCUUCCUUUUUGGUUCGGGUUUAGAACGUUUACCCUUAGGGGAACGGAAAUCUGCUGAAUGGCUAAUAGAAUUUCUUGUUUACAGGAAAGCAUUUAAGAAGCAAAGCUUAGGGGGGCUUAUUCGUGGGAAUGGUUCCCAGGGAGACCCUGGAAGGUGCAGGUGGUCCGCUUUAAACAAGGGUGUACUGUUGUUCACUUGUGACGGCAUUUGGAGCUCUGGUCUAUCUUUAGGCCAAGAAAUGGGGCCCUUAUGGAGGCCUCCAGCAGCGGCUGAGUUAGAAGUGGGGGUGGGGAGCUUGGUGUGUCCCCACUUUGAGAAAUAAAAGCAGAGGUGGGCCUCCAAGUACUAAUUCUCCUGGAGUCAGAAACUGUUUUCCGAGUCCUUUCCUCUGAGCGGUUGGUAAUUUCUUCCCAUAUUUUGGGUUGCUGGUCUGGUUCCCUUUGUAACUUUCAGCAUUUGAGAGACCAGAGCGUUUGGCUUUAAAGUUAUUAGGGAGGUUGGGAGCUGUGGCCGGGAAACUUUCCUUAUGUGGUGAGAACUACUAAAGGAGCAGAAGGAAGGAGAAGGGGAGACUAGAGUUAGUCAUGGCCCCAGAAGAAUUGUUUUUCAAAGGCUCAACUCUAAAGCCUUGAGCGCAACACAAAGCUUUUAAUAUAGACAUGAAGGAAAAAAUGAGAAGAAUAAACCUGAAUACCAAUCCUUUAUGUUGUAUUUUAGGAGUCCAGCUAUCCUUCCCCAAGAAGAAAUCUAUUAGUUUUAGACUGGGGAAUUCCUUUACGUAAACAAUUAGAAUGAAAGAACCUUUGGAUGGUGAAUGUGGCAAGGCAAUGGCACCACAGCAGGGACUUCUGGACAAAAUUAAAGAAGAACCUGACAAUGCUCAAGAGUAUGGACAUGCCCCAAAGCAAAAAACUCAAGAAAGUGAACUGAAAAUUAGUGCUGUGUUUUCAGUCAGUGACAGUCCUCUUGCCCAACAGUUGACUCCAGGCUUUCAGUUUUCUCUUGCAUCAUCUGGCCCAAAUGUAUUGCUUCCUUCGGCUCCAGCCGUAGCUAUUCAGGUUUUUUGUUCUGGUUGUAAAAAAAUGCUUUAUAAAGGGCAAACUGCAUAUCAUAAGACAGGAUCUACUCAGCUCUUUUGCUCCACGCGGUGCAUCACUGGAUAUCCUUCACCUGUCUGCAUACCAACUCCUCCCAGGAAAACCUGCACAAACUGCUCAAAAGACAUUUUAAAUCCAAAGGAUGUGAUCACGACCCGUUUUGAAAAUUCUAGCAAAGAUUUCUGCAGCCAAUCAUGCCUUUCUUCUUAUGAGCUAAAGAAGAAGCCUGUUGUUACCAUAUAUACUAACAGCAUUUCAACCAAGUGCAGCAUGUGUCAGAAGAAUGCUGAUAUCCGAUUUGAAGUUAAAUAUCAAAAUGUGGUACAUGGUCUUUGUAGUGAUGCCUGUUUCUCAAAAUUUCACUCCGCCAACAACCUCACCAUGAACUGUUGUGAGAACUGUGGGGGCUACUGCUACAGCAGCUCUGGGCCUUGCCGGUCCCAGAAGGUGUUUAGUUCAACAAGCGUCACAGCAUAUAAGCAGAAUUCAGCCCAAACUCCUCCAUACGCCUUGGGGAAAUCAUUGAGGCCUUCAGCAGAAAUGAUUGAGACUACCAACGACUCAGGAAAAACCGAACUUUUCUGCUCUAUUAAUUGCUUAUCUGCUUAUAGAGUUAAGACCGUUAUUUCUUCAGGUGUCCAGGUUUCAUGUCAUAGUUGUAAAACCUCAGCAAUCCCUCAGUAUCACCUAGCCAUGUCCAAUGGAACUAUCUAUAGCUUCUGCAGCUCCAGUUGUGUGGUGGCUUUCCAGAAUGUAUUUAACAAGCCAAAAGGAACAAACUCGUCAGCAGUGUCCCUGUCUCAGGGCCAAGUGGUUGUAAGCCCACCAGCUGGGUCAUCAGUAUCAGCUGGAGGAGGUAACACCUCUGCUGGUUCCCCUGCCUCCAUCAGUGGUUCUCCUGCAGCCAGUUUCCGGCCUGUUGCGGCCCCAUCCCAGCAAGUUGCUUUAACCCGGACACUUGUUAAACUCAAGUGUCAGCACUGUAACCAUCUGUUUGCCACAAAACCAGAACUUCUGUUCUACAAGGGUAGAAUGUUUCUUUUUUGUGGCAAGACUUGUUCUGAUGAAUACAAAAAGAAAAAUAAAGUUAUGGCAAUGUGUGAUUACUGUAAACUGCAGAAAAUUAUAAAGGAGACUGUCCGAUUCUCAGGGGUUGAUAAGCCAUUCUGUAGUGAAGUUUGCAAAUUCCUCUCUGCCCGUGACUUUGGAGAGCGCUGGGGGAAUUACUGUAAGAUGUGCAGUUACUGCUCACAGACAUCCCCUAAUUUGGUAGAAAAUCGAUUGGAAGGAAAGCUAGAAGAGUUCUGUUGUGAAGAUUGCAUGUCCAAAUUUACAGUUUUGUUUUAUCAGAUGGCCAAGUGUGAUGGCUGUAAACGACAGGGUAAGCUAAGUGAGUCCAUAAAAUGGCGAGGAAACAUCAAACAUUUCUGUAACUUAUUUUGUGUCUUGGAGUUUUGUCAUCGACAAAUUAUGAAUGACCCUCUUUCACAAAAUAAAGUAAAUAUUUAUAAGGCGCAAACUACUUCAACGGAGCUCCCUUCUACAAGGAAAAAUACAACACCAGUUAUAACCAGUGUGGUGUCAUUGGCAAAAAUACCUCCUGCCCAGCCCACAGGGAACACUAAUAGUGUUUUAAAAGGUGCAGUUACUAAAGAGGCAACACAAAAAGUCAUUGAAGAUGGAAGCACACAGAUAGAUGCCACAAAACUUCUAUCUUCCCAGUCUUCCAAGCUUUUAAAGAACAAAGCAGUAUUGUGCAAGCCUGUCACACAGACCAAGGCCACCUCUUGCAAACCACAUACACAACACAAGGAAUGUCAGACAGAUUUACCUAUGCCUAAUGAGAAAAAUGAUGCGGAACUUGAUUCUCCACCUGCAAAGAAAAAAAGAAUAGGUUUUUUCCAGACUUAUGAUGCGGAAUAUUUAAAAGUUGGUUUUAUUAUCUGUCCAGGAUCAAAAGAAAGUUCACCAAGGCCACAAUGUGUCAUUUGUGGAGAAAUCUUAUCCACUGAAAACAUGAAGCCAGCAAAUCUUUCUCAUCAUCUGAAGACAAAACAUUCAGAAUUAGAAAACAAACCAGUAGAUUUUUUUGAACAAAAAUCUCUUGAAAUGGAAUGUCAGAAUAGUUCUUUAAAAAAGUGUUUACUAGUUGAAAAGUCACUUGUGAAAGCUUCUUAUUUAAUUGCUUUCCAAAUUGCUGCCAGCAAGAAGCCAUUCUCCAUUGCCGAAGAAUUAAUUAAACCAUAUUUAGUGGAAAUGUGUUCAGAAGUUUUGGGUUCAAGUGCUGGAGACAAAAUGAAAACCAUUCCUCUUUCUAAUAACACGAUUGGACACAGGAUUGAUGAGUUGUCUGCAGACAUUGAAGAUCAGCUGAUUCAAAAAGUCAGAAAGUCAAAGUGGUUUGCCCUUCAGGUAGAUGAAUCAUCAGAAAUCUCAAAUAUCACCCUUCUUUUGUGCUAUAUUCGUUUCAUUGAUUAUGAUUGCAGUGAUAUAAAAGAAGAAUUACUGUGUUGCAUUGAAAUGCCUUCUCAAAUAACUGGUUUUGAAAUAUUUGAACUAAUAAAUAAAUAUAUUGAUAGUAAGUCUCUGAAUUGGAAACACUGUGUUGGUCUCUGUACAGAUGGGGCUGCAAGCAUGACUGGCAGGUGUUCUGGUUUAAGGGAAAAGAUUCAAGAAAUCGCCACGAAUACAGUGGCAUUUACACACUGUUUUAUUCACCGUGAGCAUUUAGCAGCAGAAAAGUUGUCUCCAUGCUUACAUAAAAUUCUUUUGCAGUCAGCACAAAUUUUAAGUUUUAUAAAGAGCAAUGCAUCAAAUUCACGAAUGUUAACGAUUUUGUGUGAAGAAAUGGGGCCUGAGCAUGUGAAUCUACCCCUUCAUGCUGAAGUACGUUGGAUUUCGAGAGGGAGAAUUUUAACAAGAUUAUUUGAACUACGACAUGAAAUUGAAAUUUUUUUAAACCAGAAGCAUUCAGAUUUGGCCAAGUAUUUUCUUGAUGAAGAAUGGGUUGCAAAGCUGGCCUAUUUAUCAGAUAUUUUUUCACUUAUAAAUGAACUCAACUUAAGUCUCCGAGGAACUAUGACUACUCUCUUCAAUUUGUAUAAUAAAAUGGAUAUACUUAAGGAAAAGUUAAAAAUGUGGUUGAAGCGCACACAAGAGAAUGAUUAUGACAUGUUCCCUUCAUUUUCCGAAUUCGUAAACUCAUCAGACUUAAAUAUGAGAAGCAUUGCAAGCAUUAUUUUUGAGCACCUGGAAGGACUUUGUCAAAUGUUCAAUGACUGUUACCCACCAGAAGAAGACUUGCGUUCAGGAAAUUUGUGGAUAAUUAAUCCUUUUAUGAAUCCCAAAGAUAGUAAUCUCAUGGACUUCGAAGAAGAAAAACUAGUACAGCUAUCUUCAGAUUUGGAAUUACAGUCAGUAUUUAAAUCAAUGUCUGUGACUCAGUUUUGGAUAAAUGCAAAGACAAAUUACCCAGAACUCCAUGAAAAGGCAAUGAAGUUUUUAUUGCCCUUUUCAACUGUUUAUUUAUGUGAUGCUACAUUUUCCGCUUUGACUGAGUCAAGACAAAGAAAUCUGUUGGUUUCUGGUCCUGCUCUAAGACUUGCAGUCACAUCUUUAAUUCCAAGGAUAGAAAAAUUAGUAAAGGAGAAAGAAUAGUAAGAUGGGUAUUGCUAAUGAUCAAAGUCUAUAAUUUUGUGUUAAAUUUUGUAUAAAUAUCCUAAAAUAUAAUUUCCUAAUGUGGAUAUGUGUUUUCAGUGAUUAUAUGUUUUAAUAAUUUUUCUUUUUGUUGAGGAAUAAUUGUGCAUUUAUACCUAGUUAUAUAUUAUAAUUUUAAUAGUCCAAGGCAGAGAAUUUAGCUAUUUGAUUGAUUGAUUGGAUCAUCUGGAUUAGGGACAAAAAUGGUCACAAAAAGCCUGUUUGUAAUGUAUCAGCACACCUGGAUGUUAAUCUGCUUGGCCUUUAGAAGCACAUGGGACAUUGCAGUCUUCAGCCAGGCAGCCACCCACCCCAGCAGGUUGUGGGUACUAGAAAACAAAGAUCUAAGCAGCUUGGCUGAUCAGAAAUAGAAGCUGCAGGAGAGUAGGGGUUUCUGUGGCGCUCUAGACCAGGGCUUGGCAAACUUUUCCCAUAAAAGGCCAGAUAGUGAAUACUUUAGGUUUUGCAGGCCAUGUGGUGGCAACUAGUCAAUUUUGGGUUUGCAGCACAAAAGCAGCUGUAGGCAAUACACAGACAAAUGAGUGUGGCUGUGUUUCAAUAAAACUUUAUGAACAUUGAA